GAGGAACUCCCAUGGACUAGUGGAUGCCAGCAAAUCGAACGAUCCGGAGGGGCGAGACGCAGCAGACAGUUGGACUGGCUGUGUGACUGGCUGGUCGGCUGGAUAAAGACGACUUGCUGAAUGCUGAGACUCAGUGGAGGGGGGCGAUGGCGGCGGUGACUCGAACCGGCCGCUUGCAGGGAACGUCCAAGCUGCAGGGUGAGGCAAAGACGCGAUGCGAUGCCUCGCGGGUUCAGCUCUUGUACCUUGCUUGGGACCGGCGCGGGAGCUGGUACCUCGCUGUUACUUCCGGGGCAAGUCUCCUCGAUAGUCGAUACAGUACGGCUGAUUUCUACCUAUCCAGUAUCCAGUAUCCAGUAUCCAGUAUCCAGUAUCCAGUAUCCGGUUCUUCAGCCCCCUCCCGGCUGGGGCAUCUAUAAUAAUAAACUACGACCUGACUCGCUAUCCCAUAUGAUUGACAGACCGACACUGCACACAAUCCAUCUGACGAUGGGAAGCAAGCUGAACGAUACAGUCAGAUCGGGGAAUACCUCGUCUUCACCAAUAAAGUAGUGACGAACGAGGGCCCAAGACCGGCUCAGGACGACACGAAAGCAAAGCAAAGCAAAGCAAACCCGGACACCGACUCGCCUUCCUUACCUGCCUACCUCUCAGAGU